AGGGCGGAGGAAAGAGCCUCUCGCCGGCUGGGCUGAAUUAAGUCCCGUCGAUUUCAGUGCGGGCGGGCUCGCGCUGGGCGGAGCUGGCUCGGGCGGGCGCGUCUCCGAACUUUUGUUUGGGAGUGUUUGUGCGCCAGAGAAGUUGGAGAACUUCGGGAUUAUUUAUUAUUAUCUUCGCCGCGCCGCCGUUUGGACGGGCCGGAUCCCGCGGGGCCGGGGAGAAGAGCCCCAGGAGCUCAGCGGUGGAGGGCAGAGACCCCGCGGGGGGCCAGCCAAAGCGGCGGCUGCCGCCGUCGGUGCAGGGCAUGCGGGACGGAGAGCGCGGAGCUGCUGCCUGAGAGAAGCGGCUGAAGCAGGGAGACCGGCCGAGCCCGCCAUGGACCCCGCCGGGCAGCCCCCGCAGCAGCCGCCGCCGGCCGCCCCCUCGGGGCAACAGGCGCCUCCGGGGCAGCCCUCGCAAGCGGCGGCGCCCCCGCAGCCCCCGCCGCAGCAGCAGGGGCAGCAGGCUGGCGGCGCCGUGUCCGGGGCCCCUCCGGCCGGGCACCAGAUCGUCCACGUUCGGAGCGACUCGGAGACCGACCUGGAGGCCCUCUUCAACGCCGUCAUGAACCCCAAAGGCGCCAACGUGCCCCACACGCUGCCCAUGCGCCUCCGCAAGCUGCCCGACUCCUUCUUCAAGCCGCCCGAGCCCAAGGCCCACUCCCGCCAGGCCAGCACAGAUGCAGGGACAGCAGGAACACUGACUCCUCAGCAUGUCCGUGCUCACUCCUCCCCAGCCUCGCUGCAACUGGGCACAGUCUCUCCAGGGGCACUCACCCCCACUGGUGUAGUUUCUGGAGCUUCACCAUCUUCUCAGCAUCUGCGCCAACCAUCUUUUGAAAUCCCUGAUGAUGUGCCCCUGCCACCUGGCUGGGAGAUGGCAAAAACACCUUCUGGCCAGAGAUACUUUCUGAAUCAUAUUGAUCAGACAACAACCUGGCAGGAUCCACGGAAGGCCCUCCUCUCCCAGAUGAACGUUACAGCCCCCACAAGCCCUCCAGUGCAACAGAACAUCAUUAAUUCAGCAUCGGGCCCGCUCCCUGAUGGAUGGGAACAAGCCAUGACCCAGGAUGGAGAAAUUUACUACAUAAACCAUAAGAACAAGACCACAUCUUGGCUAGAUCCAAGGCUUGACCCACGCUUUGCGAUGAGCCAGAGAAUCAGCCAAAGCGCUCCAGUGAAGCAGCCGCCUCCGUUAGCCCCUCAGAGUCCACCCAGUGGAGUGCUGGGAAGCAGCAGCUCCAAUCAGCAACAGCAGAUGAGGCUGCAGCAGCUUCAGGUGGAGAAAGAGAGGCUGCGACUGAAACAGCAAGAACUCUUUCGGCAGGUGAGGCCACAGGCAUUGCGGAAUAUCAAUCCCAGCACAGCAAAUUCUCCAAAACGUCAGGAACUGGCUCUCCGAAGUCAGCUUCCCAGCAUGGAGCAAGAUGGCGGCUCUCAGAAUCCAGUAUCCUCUCCUGGAAUGUCUCAAGAACUGAGAACUAUGACCACAAAUAGUUCAGAUCCCUUUCUUAACAGACACAUCGUUGCUAGCCCAACUCUGUCUCUGCACCGAAAACACACGAGGAAUGGGACUUUUCACUCAAGAGACGAGAGCACAGACAGCGGGCUCAGCAUGAGCAGUUACAGUGUCCCCAGAACUCCGGAUGACUUUCUCAACAGUGUUGACGAAAUGGAUACAGGUGACAGUAUCAACCAAAGCAACAUCCCUUCACAUCAGAACCGUUUUCCAGACUAUCUUGAAGCCAUUCCAGGGACAAAUGUGGACCUUGGGACACUGGAAGGAGAUGCCAUGAAUAUAGAAGGAGAGGAACUGAUGCCAAGCCUGCAGGAGGCUUUGAGUUCUGAUAUCCUUAACGACAUGGAGUCUGUACUGGCAGCCACCAGGCUAGAUAAAGAAAGCUUUCUUACCUGGUUAUAGGGGCCUCAGGGAGACGAAGUUUGAAAUCUUUGAAGGAUCUAAGGAGAUAAGACAUGUACCUGAUAUUGAGAACAAGCCUGCGCGGCAAAGGCUUCUUGGCUUAUGAUCAGAGAAGAAAACAAGUAAAUGAACAAAAUACUCCAGAUUCUUUUCAUCCAAUAUUUUGUUCUUCCUUGUCCAAUCGCUGCUGUUAUACUGCUGACCUCUUUUCACAGUUGACUCUGAAGAAUUAGACAAAUUUGUUUUUAUCUUUUUUUUUUCGCUGUUGCAACUACUGUUCAACAUGGUGGUGAUGGAAGGGAGGGGAGGAGUAGCAAGAAAUAGACCAGCCCUGUUUUGGAUGAUGACUGCCAUUCCUUUUGUCCUACUAUCUGUAUGUAUAUCCAUUUUAUCUAAUAUGGAUUUUGUUGAGUUUAACUCCGCAUGUCCCUACUUGUAGCUGGCUUCUGUUUGUUUUGCCUGGGGCAAGUGGCAAAAACGUGAGUUACUGGUCCGACAAGCCAAAAAAAAAAAGAUUUAUCUGAUGGAACAAAAAGAGUUGGUGCUGAUUUGGAGGCAAAGAUCAGAAGACUUCUGUAAACCUUUGAAUACUGUGCAAAAUCCACCAAGCACAGUGGCUGCUUGAUCACCAUUUAAAUGAAUGGAAGUUGCAUGGCAGCGGUGUUUGCUGGAUUAUCAUUGUUAGCUAAUGAUUAGCUUUCCCUGUUGGCUUGCUCACAUUUUAUGGCACCAUAAAUCAUGAGUCAUUUUACAUAAACUUUAUGAAUCUUGAUUGUUACCUCUUAAUCUAGUUUAUAUUUUUUUUUCUUUUGAAUCUUAGAAUUUUUUUAAUUAUAGCAGUAGGUUUGUAAGUUAACUUUUUUAAAAUAGUGAAACCUAAAUUUCCUGACUUCACUUAGUCUUAUUUAAGUCUGAAAGGGUUAACUUUUUUUAUACCUAAUCUAGCGUAAUCAGAUAGCCAGAAUAUCUAUAGUCCUAUGUUGUGCUUGUAACUUUUUUUAAAAAGAUAGCUUUGAAUGUAUCCAUUAGACUACAGGAUCCAUGGCUUAUCUUUCAUACCUGACAGCCAGAAUUUGAAGCGAAGAUCUUAGGGCUCUUGUCCUAAAUAGACUUCCUUCCUUGAAAAUUAGCCCCGCUUGUUUCAAAGGAACUUGCAUCUAUCUAAACUUGUUCAGGAUUGCCACUUAAAGGUGGUCAAUUGCAUGUUUUGUAAAAUGAUGAAUUUUAAACAGCAGAUAUAUGCUGCGAGGUUUCAUCAUGGGACAGUUCUUGCCAUUGUGGGAAGAGCUUUAUAGUGUUGAUGAAAUUGGUGGCUUGAAAUUCCAAAGUCCCUGAUGGAUAAACAAUGGACAAAAGAUGCUUCCUCCUGUAGUUAGUUUCAUGAUAUGAUCUGCACUGUCGCCUGAGUUUACAAUACCGGCAAGAACACUAAGGUUUAAGGCGCAUCAAAGCAUAUUGAAAAAAUAAGCCGAAUGGUGCAUAUAGAAGACUGUAAAGAUAUGUGUUAAAUGGUGAGGUGAGCAAGUAGAAGAGUAUUUUAGUUGUAGAGGUUAGUUAGCACUGAAGUCGAGGGCUGAGUAGUGAGUACAUCUCGAUGCCAUUACUUUUAACAGGAAACAUGUAUCCUCGAAGUCGUCUGCAGGAAUUGUAUGACACGUUUUCCAAAGAGUAUUUUUAAGUGAACAAAAAAGAGCACGAAUCAAUGUUACGGUAUAAGCUAUGAAGUAUUUCUGUGUUUUUUCAAAAAAAUGAAUUGAAUGAACUAGUACCUUAAGGAUCAUUCCCGUUGAUUUGUUUUCCUUAUUUUCAAGAUUUAUCCAUUUGCCUUCCAAAAUGUAUUGGGCUGAAACUUGGAACACAGGGUUUUUUCAACCUACUAAACACAUUGCUGACCCCUCCAAGUUGAUGGAGGACCUAAAGCUUAGCUGGUGGCCAUAGGCCACUGUUUAAUCAGUUUCCCUUAUCUCCUGCAAUGUGUCAGGCCUGAAAGCCGUAAUAUGAGGAGGGUCAAGAGAGCAGAUCACGCUCCACUGCUCUUACCAUCGUUUGUAAAAACAGCUUUCAGAAACAAACAUGUUAAAUAUAAACUGACCUGCUUAGUCUUAUAAAUGUACAACAGUGAGAAAAUUUAGAGUUCUUGCAAGUCAGUUUCCUUGUUUUGUAUUCAGAUACUGGAGGACCAGUUCUACCUAUUUGAGCAUCAAGUAGGUAAUACUGGAUUUCUUGUCCUGGUUAUCGCAUAGAUAUGCUUUGGUUGAUCACAGCUUUAAAGUUGGAACCUUCUUACUAUUUCCAUGAUGUUGUACAUACACUACACAGCUUAUACUGUAUUUGACCAGCACUGUUGGAGAGGUACAGAUGUAAAACUGGGAAUUCUUGAAUUUCUCUUAACACUAAACCUGUUUAUGCAAUACUUAAAACUUUAGUUACUUUUUAAGCCUCUUUGUUUGAUGGGAAAUGUGCCUUAGAGAUAAUUUGUACUGUUAGCAGAAAAAAAAAUAAACCAAUGGAAAGUUUUUAUUGAAUCUAUCACUUGACAAAGUGGCCUAACUUUUUUUGUACUGAAAUGCAAAAAAAGAAAAAAAGUGUUAUGAGUAGUAUUUUGUAUUGAUUGGUGUAUAUAUUUAAACAGAUCGCUGUCCUAACUUCGUAGCUUCUAGAUUUUUUUAAAGUACCGUAUGUUCAGAAAGCAGUUGAAAUUUAUGAAUUCUUGUAUGUCUGCACAGCAUUAUCUGCUUUGGAAUAUGUACCGUUUCUAUAAAUCACAUGGCUCAAAAAUUGUGUACCAAUCAGUGUUGGAACUCAAGCAAUGCAAAAUGAAGAGAGAGAAUUUCAGAGUGAUUAACGGUAACUGAGCUUUUGCACAUCUGGAAAAUCCAUAUUAAAAUGACUUCACUUCUAAUCAUGGGGGGGGCGUGUUUUCUGCAAGAGGCAGGUGUGUGUUUAAACUGACUCCCCCCCCUCUUAGGGAGGGAAAAAACCCUCCAUAUUUUAAAAUGUUUUCUAUUAGAGAACUCUGAAACACUACUUUUUCAAAUAUAUAUAUAGUUACAAAUGUUAUAUUUUCUUUAGAUGUAAGAGCAUGCCUCUGUUAGGUACCAUAGUAAAUUCUGUUACAUUAUUUUCUUUUAUGUAAUACAUUUUUUCAUUGCUUUUUGUUUUACAUGAUAUAAAUAUAUACUUUGUGCUUACAA